AUGGAAUAUCGAAGAUUAGGAGCCACAGGACUUAAGGUAUCUGCCAUUAGUUAUGGAAAUUGGGUCAAUUCCGAUGACAAAGACACUCAAGAUCGAAAUACCAAGAUCAUUUAGAAGGCAUGGGAAUUAGGAAUCAACUUCUUCGAUACCGCUGAAAUUUAUGGAGAUGGAAAAGCAGAGAUACAUCUCGGUCACGCACUCAAAACACUCAAUGUCUAAAGAUAAGACAUUGUUAUUAGUACCAAAAUUUACGGAGGUGAUGGAAAUGAUUUUCCAAAUUCCAAAUAUUUAUCUAGGAAACAUCUCAUAGAAGGCUUGAGAAACUCUCUAAAAAGAUUGGAUACUCCUUAUGUGGAUAUUGUUUUCGCCCACAGAUAUGAUUAUUAAACUCCUUUGGAAGAAACUUGCAGAGCUUUUGAUUGGAUCAUUAGACAUGGUUUGGCUCAUUAUUGGGGAACAAGCGAGUGGACAGCCUAAUAAAUCCAUCAAGCCAUUGGAAUCUGUGAUCGAUUAUCCUUACACAAACCAGUUGUUGAAUAACCAUAAUACAAUAUGAUGGUUAGAGAUAGAUUUGAAUGGGAAUACGAAAGUGUUUUCGCUUCUGGAUAUGGAUCCACCAUCUGGUCGCCUCUCUACUAAGGUUUGUUGACUGGCAAAUACAAUGACGACAUUUUGGCUGACGGAAGGUUUAACAACUCCGAUAAUAUUUAUGUUAAACACUUUUACCAAUAAAUUCUAGGUGAUCCUGAAAAAAGAACUAAAAUCUAAAAUUAAUUAAAAUAACUAGGUGAAGUAGCCAAAGAGUUAGGAGUCACAUAAGCACAACUCUCUCUCGCCUGGGCUCUUAAGAAUAAGGAUGUAAGCACUGCCAUUACAUCAGCCACAAGACCUGAAUAAUUGGAAGAGACUGUGAAAUCCGUUCAGGUGGUUAAGUUGAUCACCAAAGAAGUUGAACAAAAAAUAGAAUCCAUUCUUUCAAAUAAACCCACUACAUCAUUAAACUUUAAGCAGAUGGCACCUUAUCCCACAAGAAGAGAUUUGUAUGUUUGAGAAUAUACAAUAAUUAUCAUAUAAUAUUAUUAUUAUUAAAGAA